AUGUUUGUUUGUGAGUAUGCUGGUGAAAUAAUUAAGACUGAAGAGGCUAAACGAAGAUGGGAAGAAAUGAAUAAUAAUGCGAUAGCUCGAAAUUAUGUGUUGUGUCUGAAAGAACAUGUGCAGGAUCGCAUUCUUCGAACAAACAUCGAUCCAAUUCAUAUUGGAAAUGCUGGAAGAUAUAUCAAUCAUUCAUGUGCACCAAAUCUUCAGAUUUAUCUGGUUCGUAUCAACUCUUUAAUUCCUGUUGCAGCAUUUUUUGCUGUAAGGGAUAUCGAAAUAGGAGAAGAAUUGACAUUUGAUUAUUCUGGAGCCGAUGAUCACUGCGGACAAAGCGGGGCGAUGAUAGAUGGUAUUGAGGAUAAAAAGGGGAUGAAAAAAUGUUUAUGCGGAAGUGAGAUUUGUAAAGGAACGUUACCCUUUGAUCAAAGGUUAUAA